CCUGUCAAAAUGCCGAGUAAGAAUCGAAGCAAACCCCACCUGGAUUCUCUUGCGCAAGUAUGGAAUAUCUUGCUAUGAAGCAAUGAAUCCUAUCCCUUGAGGCCCCUGAAGGGAAGCCAGGAACGGCACCUGGAAGAGCGUGACGCAACAUGGGCACCUCGAAGGCCUUCUCGCCCGCCCCAUCUUCGCCGCCCCGGUCAUCCAGUUCGCUUCUGGUUCUCUAUCUCGUCGUGCCAGUCGUGCUGAUCUCGGCCGGCCUGUUCGCUCUGGCUGGUAACGGGUCGCCUUCUCGGGUCGAGCUCGCCUCGCCGUGGAAGCUGAGAGUGGCUUUCGCCGGCUCAAGAGCCACUGCCGCCCUGUCUGCACUCAGGCCCAGCGAUUUCCCCCGCGCCAUUGAAUCUCCAUGGCCUUUGAGUUAUUCAGAAGAAAACCAAGUAGCUUUUGCCCCUGCAAGUGCGCCUGAGAACGAGCCGCCAACGGAGCAACCGGAACCAGAUGAAACGGUCACCGUCGAGGAGCCUGCAAGGGCUGUCAAAAGAUAUAGCAGGUUUGAGAGGCUAGAGGCCAGCCUGUCCCAGGCACGGUCCGCCAUCAGGGAAGCCGCUCUGGUCCGGAACCUGACCUCGGUCCAUGCCGACGCCGACUACGUCCCCCGAGGACCUAUUUACAGGAACGCCAACGCCUUCCACAGGAGUUAUCUGGAGAUGGAGAAGCUGUUCAAGAUAUAUGUGUACCAGGAAGGGGAGCCGCCCAUGUUCCAUGACGGGCCGUGCAAGAGCAUCUACUCCACGGAGGGAAGGUUCAUCCAUGAGAUGGAGAGAGGCCACAACAUGUACCGGACCACGGACCCGGACGAGGCCCUCGUCUACUUCCUCCCCUUCAGCGUGGUCAUGCUGGUCCAGUACCUCUACGAGCCGGGGUCCCACGAGACGCAUGCCAUCGGGCAUGCUGUGGUCGACUACAUCGACGUCAUCGCUGCCAAGCAUCCGUUCUGGAACCGGAGCCUUGGGGCCGACCACUUCAUGCUCUCUUGCCACGACUGGGGGCCGCGCACGUCUUCCUACGUGCCCAACCUAUUCAGCAAGUCCAUUAGGGUCCUGUGCAACGCCAACACCUCGGAAGGGUUCGACCCCUUUAAGGACGCGUCGCUCCCGGAGAUCAACCUCAAGACGGGGGAGAUCUUCGGCCUCCUGGGCGGCCCCUCCCCUUCCCGCCGCGGCACCCUGGCCUUCUUCGCAGGCCGCCUGCACGGCCACAUCAGGCACUUGCUGCUGCAGGAGUGGAAGGACAAGGAGGACCCGGACGUGCGAGUGUACGACGAGCUCCCGCGCGGGGUCAGCUACGAGUCGAUGCUGAGGCAGAGCAGGUAUUGCCUGUGCCCGAGUGGGUACGAGGUGGCGAGCCCCAGGAUCGUGGAGGCCAUAUACGCGGAAUGCGUGCCGGUGCUGAUCUCCGACAGUUACGUGCCGCCGUUCAGCGAUGUCCUGAACUGGAAAGCCUUCUCUGUGCAAGUGCAGGUGAAGGACAUACCCAACAUCAAGAAGCUACUCAUGGCCAUUUCACCAUCUCAGUACCUGAGGAUGCAGAGGAGAGUGAAGCAAGUGCAGCGGCACUUCGUGGCCAACGGGCCGCCGAGGCGAUAUGACGUCUUCCACAUGACUGUGCACUCCAUCUGGCUCCGCCGCCUGAAUAUCCGGAUCACCGACUCGGCUUAAACCAGCAAGCAUGCCGAGUAUGCGAUCGGAAGGAGAGACUUGCUGCAGCUUUUUCUUGUAUGUCUAGCAUUGCAAUUAGGGAAGAAUUUAGUUAGUCUCAUGGCUGUGAAACAGGUUUUUGUGAAUAUCAUGUUCUUGGAUAGACUACUUGGAAAAGGACACCGCACUUCUUCUGUAGCAGCCCAAACAGAGAGGGGAAGAAACCACCUGGGUGGGACUUUCUGUAGUCAAAAUGUUUACAAUCAUAAAGUUCUGAACAGUGCCAAAGUAAGAUUGUAUUGCAAAAUU